AUGUCGGAUAACACCAUCGCGGUCUCAGAGGUGUUCAAACGCGUGCAGUCACAUUCGAACGUGAUCGGUUUGGGGAUGAUUUCACCUCGUGGCGAGUUGCUCUCCAGUUCCGGAACGUUUGACGCGGCGCUGGGACGGCGCGCAGCAAGAUUGGUCGCCGUGGCCACGUCGACGCUGGAACAAACCGGAGAAGACGAUGAAAAUAGUAUCGAUACUGACGCCGAGGUCGUCCGCGCGCGCCGUGGUAAUCGCGAGCUCGUCGUCGCUCGAUGCGAUGACGUCAUUCUUGCGGUUCUCUCUUGUGCGCGAUCGCGUAGACACAAGCCCAAGUCUGCGCACCACUUUGGCGCCUUGACGCACGAGGAGCGAGUGAAGGUGCUCGGCGAGGCGGUCCUACGCUCGGGUGCGAUCGUCUUCACCAAGAACCACGCUGGCAAGUACACCGCUGUUAAUGAUGACUACCUGGCGGCAUUCGGAUUCGACGACUCGAGCGACGUGGUCGGUAAGAGCGACGAUGAAAUCGUUGAGACUCUUCUCGGUCGGGGACAAACAUUUCAUCACUCAUAUCGUGGCGAGUCCAUCACUGACCUGCCGGCAAUCUGGCGAGCUCACGACGAGAUGGCGCUCGAGCGACCGAUGUGGUUCAAAGAGCGAUCGCUACUCGGUGGUGGUGUGGAUACAAAGCUUCACGAGUUCGUUGUGAUGAAAGCGCCGUUCGAGGACGGUAUCAUCGGCGUCGCCGUUUCCGAAGGCACGUGA